ACAGCCGGAGCGGGCGCGGAAGGGCGAGGAGCUGACGGAUGAGGAGAAGGAGAUCAUCAACCGCGUGAUCGCCCGCGCCGAGAAGAUGGAGGAGAUGGAGCAGGAGCGCAUCGGGCGCCUCAUGACCCGCCUGGAGGACAUGCGCCGCAGCGUGGCCGGCGACGGCGUGAGCCGCUGCAUCCUCUGCGGGGAGCAGCUGGGGCUGCGGGGCUCGGCCAGCGUCGUCUGCGAGGACUGCAAGAAGAACGUGUGCACCAAGUGCGGCGUGCAGAGCACCAACAGCCGGCCCGGCUCCAUCUGGCUGUGCAAGAUCUGCAGCGAGCAGCGGGAGGUCUGGAAGCGCUCGGGCGCCUGGUUCUUCAAGGGCCUGCCCAAGCACGUGCUGCCGCAGCCCAUGCCCRUGAGCAGGAGCAAGGCGGGGACGGGCGGCGAGCCCGGCCUGGCUGAGCCGCAGCCCAAGCCCGCGGCCCGCGCGCCCGCACCAGGCCAGGCCGGCGCCGGGCCCCCGGCUGAGCCGGACUCCUACGGCCUGCGGCGGGCCGACUCCGUCCAAGCGCCGCGGCCGCCGCCGUUGGCCACCCCUGCUCCCGCUCCCGCCAUGGUGGCGCCCGCAGCGGCGCCCGCCGCCCCGCCGCGGCAGCCGCCCGCCGAGGCCGACGAGGAGGAGGACGCCAACAGCUACGACUCGGACGAAGGCACUACGUUGGGAGCCCUGGAGUUCAGCCUGCUGUAUGAGCAGGAAAACAGCUCUCUGCUCUGCACGCUCAUCAAAGCCAAAGGCUUGAAACCAAUGGAUUCAAAUGGCCUGGCUGAUCCCUACGUAAAACUACACCUCUUGCCUGGAGCCAGUAAGUCAAAUAAAUUGAGAACGAAGACUCUGCGCAAUACCCGUAACCCUGUGUGGAACGAGACCCUGGUGUAUCACGGCAUCACGGACGAGGACAUGCAAAGGAAAACGCUCAGGAUCUCUGUGUGUGAUGAAGACAAAUUUGGCCACAACGAGUUUAUUGGCGAAACUAGAGUUUCCCUGAAAAAACUGAAACCCAAUCAGAAAAAGAACUUCAACAUCUGCUUGGAGAGAGUAAUACCAAUGAAGCGUGCUGGAACGACCGGCUCUUCUCGUGGGAUGGCGCUGUAUGAAGAGGAGGUCGAUCGCGGCGGGGACGUGGAAGAACGUGGCAAGAUCCUUGUGUCCCUCAUGUACAGCACCCAGCAGGGCGGCUUGAUUGUAGGCAUCGUGCGCUGCGUGCACUUGGCAGCCAUGGACGCCAACGGCUACUCGGACCCUUUUGUUAAGCUUUGGCUGAAACCUGACAUGGGAAAAAAGGCCAAGCAUAAGACACAGAUUAAAAAGAAAACAUUGAAUCCUGAGUUCAAUGAGGAGUUCUUCUAUGACAUAAAACACAGCGAUCUGGCCAAGAAGUCGCUGGACAUAUCUGUCUGGGAUUACGACAUUGGAAAAUCUAAUGAUUACAUUGGCGGCUGUCAGCUUGGCAUCACGGCUAAGGGCGAGCGCUUGAAACACUGGUACGAAUGUUUGAAGAACAAGGACAAGAAGAUCGAACGCUGGCACACCCUCCAAAACGAGAACCACGUAGCCAGUGAUUAAAGGGAGACGCUGCCCCAGCCUCCCCAACAGGCACAUCCUCUGCCAGUUCCCUGUAGAUUCCUGAUGUCCGUCUUCCAGUGCAGUCAUGCCUAGUGCUCCCACCUUUGAUCCCAAGGCAGCAAUGCUGUUCUGUCUCCUCUCCAGACAUCCUGUGCCCACCUCCAAGUGAAACCGAACCUAGAUCGAUCUUUUAUAUUCACCUCCCCUUCUUGUUUCUUUUCUUUUCGUCCCCCCACCCCUUCACUGAAUUACCCUGCUGUGCUCUUUUGCCGAGCAGUAGUUUCCUUUGUCUCUUUCUCCGUAGUCUCACACAGGUCGCAAUGGCAUUGCCUGUCUGUUGUGUGUGUGAUGGUACGUGUUCUCCAGCCCUCGCUCACGUGGCUCAUCCCAUCAUCACCAGCUCAUUGCUCUUUUAACUUUUGGUGGAUGCACGGUCAGCAGACCUUCUGUGUUCCCAUUUUAGCAUGGCAGGGGUGAAUGUUGAUGUCGGAGCAUUGAACAGUUCUGUUUGAUAUCGAUACCUCAGUUGCAAUAAUGAAAAAGCUGGUUAGCUUUGAUGUGGGUCAUAAACAUAACUUGGUAUCUGCAUUGUCAUGAGUAGGCUAACGCCUGUGUCACAGAUGUAAUCCUGCAAGUGCUGCUUUGGCUUUUUUUCUAAUCUGCUACAUUUGAGCAGUGUUGUAGUACCCGCUUUUGAGUUUCUGMUGAGAAGAUCCACUGUUGAUACAGCAUUCACAUAGAAAACUGCCAAUAGGGAGCCACGCUGCGUGCUUGCAGAGGAACCAGAGGUUUGUGUUGGCUCACACUUGUGUCUGGUUGCAGUUCCUUUUAGAUCUAGGAACAUGUCCACUCCGUUUAUAUAGGAACACACCCAUAUUUAAAGCUUGUGACUACCUCCACUUCAUAGCUGCGUAGUAGUGCAUAGAUGAACUUUGAGGGCAGUUUUUUAGGCCCUCUUGAGACCAUAUUUUCUGUUGCUGUCUGUGGUCAGUUUAUUGUACCACAUGCAUGAGAGGUGCUGAUGGAGAAGAUAUUUCCCAGCAACUAGUUGAUAUGUUCAAGGAUUAUUGCUUUAAAAUACUACAGAUAAUGAAAUUAGCUCGUUAGAGGUCUUCCAACACUGUUUCGUUUUUGUUUUGGCAAGUCUGCACAAGAACCACUGUCUUCAACCUGUGCUUUAUUUAUUGUCUGGAGGUGUUUUAUUUGCUAUCGAUAAAAGGAGAAGCCGAGAAGCUCUCAAACCAAUAUUGAUCUUUUUUAGUACCUUCCUGAUUCAUCCGUUGUCUCUGGACCACCUCAAGCGUAGCAAUGUCAAUAUUAGCACAAUAAGCACUACUGGAAUAUAUUGUGGGUCAGCUGCAAAUCGAGCAUGUUGUGUGAAAUCCAAACCCCGAGCCCCUUUGGUUCACGCUCUUGUCCCCUGACUUCUCUUGCAGCUCGCUGCUCUAGUCUCUGCUGGUGUGGUGUUGUGUGGUGUGUCCUGGAUUCAGCUGUACUCAGAGUGGGGUUUAGAGACUUUUUUUUCGUUUUGAUGGUUUCCAAUAUUUUCCUAUUCUUGUUCUCUCCCCUGCUGCCUCCCAGCAGAAUUCACUCUACUUAUUUGCAAUGAACAGCUUUACAGGGCGGCAGUGGCUGCAGCUAGAGGGGGCUUUGUACCGCAUGGAGGUUUGCAGCGAGCUCUCCCGUAGCAGGUACCACCGCGCGCUCUUCUGCUCAGCAUCCUUUGCCUGGCACUUCUCCGGCUGUGCCUUGCCCGUACCUUGCCCAACUCUCCACAAGGAGACAGCCUUGGACCGCCAACGCAGAGAGAAAUCCCGAAUGUGCUCCCAGCAUCCUCCCAGCCCGAGCUAGSGCGGCUCUUCAUCCCAAACUGCUCCUCCUUACUGCAGCAUGUCCAGCUAGCUGCUUAUUUAAGAAACAUGGGAUGGUUACAGAAAGCAGCUUAGGACCUCAUGCCCCUAAAGCCACAAAAAGAUGCUUUCUAAGAUGGUCUUAUCUUCCUUUUGUGUGGUUCUUGCCUUGGCGCUACCAAGUGUGGCAUCCUGAAGGCCCRGAGCUGGUGUGUCCAUGCAGCGGGCUGUGCAGAGCGCCGGGUGAAGCCRGCCCGGUUCUUCGGGACCAUCUGCCGCACGCGUGGGCUGCUGCCUCGAGCUGACAGUCCAGCAGCUUGCAGGAUGCGUUGUUGCGGGAUGCGGCCGCACUCCGUUUGAGCAUGGUGAGCCCGGCCCAGACCUUUGCACGCUGCUUUCCUGGGUGCCGUUCGGACACGACACACUUCCAAGCUGUGACGGGGAGAUGUUUGACUGGCAACGAAAUUACCUUUUUUUUUUUCUUAAGCAUUUUUUCCCAUUGUUCCCCCACGCUAAGCCUCCUUUAUGUGUGCAGAAUGAUUAAUUUAAGGUUGCCUUUACCUGGGUAGCUUCUUCCCCUGUCCCGCACAACAUAUUCUGCUCAGUCUGCUUCCCUUGCAGCAAAAUUGUUCUAGGGUCAUCUAUUUGCACCCAURAAAAUUAAAAAGUACCACUUAGCUCUCCCUCUAUUGUGUAAAUCACAGUCCUCGUCUCCAUUUGCCACGUUCUUCUGAGUUUUUCUGAUGGUAAUUUCUGCCCUGAACAACUUCC